UACUCCAAUAGUGAAGGAAUAAAGCGAUCGUCAGAUACCGGUCUCUGCCAGUUAGCGUACAGGAACUGUAAAGAUAAAACAAUACAAUCAAAUUGCGGAUAUGAUUGUACAGUUAUUCAAUACUUACAAUAAUAGGAAUUAACUGGAAGCGAUGAUACAAUCGAAUAUAUUCCAUCGGAUUCCCCAGAUUGGAGUUCUAUUGGAAUGGAAGGUAAAACGAUAACGUUUAGACUGCCGAAACGCCAUCAUCGGAAAGAAACAUUCAACACCUCUACCCAGAUUGCAAGACUGACUUCCGUUAUCACUUAUGACAUUGCUUUGGUCUCUCCAAGAAGUUAUAGCUUCCAAAUAUCAACUUUCAUUGGGAACGGUGAAUACGAGACAUAGGUGCCUUUAGAGAUCUUAAGAGUCACAGAAAUGCCGGUGGCUGAAAACAUAGAUAUUUACAGCGUUUAGUUAAAAAGCACGAACCAGUGCUGGAAUGUAAAAUACUUUCUAAAGUAUUUGUACACAAGGCAUACUUGAUUAACGUACAGUUAGAAAAACACCUGCGGUUUUUAAUUAUAAUGAAACGAGCAGGAGAAUGUGGAUCAAUACUUGAAGAUAUUAUGAUCUAAAUAUGAAACAAUAACGAACGAUAAGUGGAUUAUGUAGACGCAAAAAUAAGGUAUUAUUACCAAAAGAACACUUACCAAGCAUGGCAUGAAGUUUAUUUUUGGCAAUAUCGCCUGUCAUUUUUGAAUUACUUCGCUAAACGAAACUCCAAUAACUAAACUAUUGUCAAUGAUGGAAUGUUAAUAAGUGUACAUUUUCAACGAACACUGCGAUAAGAUAUAUUAUCAGAUAUAUUUGUUAGAAGCAAAAAUAGCUAAUAUUAAAAAUCAAGGAAGAUAGUUGAUGGAGAUUUCAAUGCAAGAAAUGCAAACAUUAAAGUAAAAUAAAUUAAGCGUUUUGUGUUAUAUCGGAUGCACCAUUGAUCUGAUAAGUAAUAAAGAAAAUCGAAAACAUAUUAAUCUCUAGCUUCACAUAGAUAGUGGAAAAAUACCUUAAAUGUAGUACAUUAAGUAAUUUUGCUCAAUUUAUGAAAAGAAGGAUAUUAUAUGUUGACAAACUAAUGGAUUUUAUCAAUUUGAAGCAUACAAUUUUUUACGGUGAGAAAAGGUGCAGAGAAUUAUUAUAUCGGUUAAAGGAAUUUAGUUGUCAAACCCAAAAAGGUAUAUACUGGAUAACUUCCGUGGUUAUUGGAAUUCGCUGAAAUUCUCGUAGUGGAAUAUUGUGACGCCGGAAUCAACUGUUAUGUUUGCCAUGUGAAACACACCUUGAAGUUUUAUUACUUAUUAGUUUGAGUCAUUGCAGUGAUUUGUUUGCGUUAACUGACUCACAAUAUUAUAGACAUUUCAUUGAUAUUGAUUACAAACUCACACAGUAAGAUAAUGAACGACGAUAGUUACGAAGAAAUCACAGGCGUUGGAAAGCGUUGUACCAAUUCAUGUUUUUUAUGAUAAUUCUUCUAUUACCAACCGUGAAAGAAACCGAGUUGCCGAAAAGUGAAUAAUUAUUAAUGUUAAUAUAAUUUCUAAUAAGACGACCUGAAUAACAAACAUAAUAGAUAUAGUUGGAACUACAGUUAUGUUUUUUGCUGUGUACUCAACUGUGACGUCCCUACCAUUCUGCAUAGCCGUGUUUGGCACAAUAGUGGUCACUGCUUUCAUUUACCUAAAGUCUUUAAUGAAACAGCCAUCGACCAUUCCAAAAUUGUAUUUCAAAGAAUCAGCAUUGGCGACGCAUCUUCUCAAGCGAUGCAGACUGAUGAACCGUACAUUCGAUCCGCCUUGGUAUUUACGAAACGCGCACAUCCAAACGAUACUUUCAUUUAUUCUUUCACAUACCUCAACUGAAUUUGACAGGGAAUAUCUACAAAUGCUUGAUCGAGGAAUCGUAGCGCUUGACUGGGCUCUUCAUUUGUCUGUUUACAAGAAAAAGCGUUGUUCUGUGUUAGUAAUACUUCCGGGACUCAUGGCUAAUGCGGUCAACGUUUCAAACCUUUGUUGUUUAGCUGCUCACAAAGGUUAUAGGCCUGUUGUGUUUAACCAAAGGGGAUUCGGAAAUUCAUUUUUAACCACUCCGAAGAUAUUGAGCAACGGGGAUCCGCACGAUUUACGACAAGUUGUAAAAUAUAUUCAUGGUCGGUACCCAAAAGCGUUAGUUACAAUGGUUGGCUUAGGAACAGGUUGUUCGCUUUUACUAUCGUAUCUUGGAGAAUUCGGAUCAUCGGCAAACAUUUGUGCUGGGGUGUGUAUAUCGGCGUGCUUUGACAACACAGAAAAACUUUCCGAUGGCGUUCAAGGAAUAUAUGACAUAUUAUAUUUGUUGGCAUUGAAAAUAACUUUAUGUGUACAUUCAAAUGCACUUUCGAAGUAUAUCAAUUUUAAUGAGAUGCUCAAUUGCUGGUCUUAUCGACAUUUUGACGAGCUGGUGUAUUCAAAAUUAUAUAAUUUUUCAAACGUCGAUGACUUUUGGGACCGCAAUAAUCCCUUGAGAGAUGUGGAUGAGAUAGCAGUUCCUUUAUUAUUUAUUAAUAGCUUAGAUGAUCCGUUUUAUUCCAAAAUCAAUAUUCCUUACGAUCUCUGCAAGUACUAUCCACAUUUUCUAAUGGUUUGUACUAAUAAAGGUGGACAUUGUGGAUUUAUUGAAAAUCUAUGUGACGAAAGUUGGUCUGAGAAACUAGCACUGGAUUACUUAGAUACCGUGUUAGAGUUUACAAACAAGGGCCAUACUAUUAAUUACGGAAAAUGUGCUGUUCGAUCUACAAUUUAAGUUAUUUGAUAAAGUAAUAAAAUGAAAUUAUU